AUGUCAUACGAUAGGAUGUCCGAUUACAGAUCCCAUCGGCCAGCCGCCCGCCAACAUGUCACCCAGCCUGCAAUCACAGGGGACAACCGUCUCGGGGAAAUCAAUAGGAUCACACCCUUUGGAACCACGCCUCGAGGCGUUAUCGAGGGCACUAUGGAUCGACCUCCGAGUGUGUACAUUGGAUCGGGAAGUAUGUUGAUGGAUGCCGUCCAACAACGCUUGCCACAACCAGUUGCCGAUGCUCCUCCGUUCGGCGAAACUAUGGUGAUUCAACCGGUCAUCUCCGGUGCCCAAACAAUCAAUCCUGAAAUACAAGCCAAGAUACAUAAAGGUUUCUUCCAGGUCGAUGAUAAGUGGACGUGCUAUAGACGCAACUAUUUCUCAGUCUCGUGUUCGUUCACGUUGCAGCCGUGGGCAAACGCUCCACUGUAUGUGAAGCUGUCCGAGCACGGCCCAGAUCGCAUUAUAAAAUUUGCUAUGUCUAUUUCCGCCGUAGUGAAUCAACAAGUCGGGGAAGUUCGAGAAUUGGUUCAACACACCCCCAAGCGGGACAAGCAAUCGGAAAGAAAACCGGGGAAGGUCAUAUUGCAACCCUCUCAACCUACGCCUUUGGUUCUGGGCCAUGGUGCAUCACCAAACAGCGGUCAACAUGGGUUUUCGUUGGCCUCGCAGUCGGCUGGGUUGUCGCUGGAUUACAAUAGCUACCCAGGAGCGGGCCAACCUUCACAACCGCCAACCCAGCACACGUUUGAGCGGAUUCAAUUUCAGAAGGCGACGGCGAACAAUGGGAAACGGCGAGCCCAACAGCAGUACUACAACCUAGUCGUUGAACUCUACGCUGAGGUCGCCAGUUCCGUUCCAGGUACCGAGACCCAAUGGGUCAGGAUUGCCAGGCGACUUUCGCAUCCAAUGGUAGUCCGGGGCCGGUCUCCGGGCCAUUACAAAGACGGCCGCCGCGAUAGUUCGACAAGCAUGGGCCCCGAUGGAGGGAGCGGUGGCUCUGGCGAUGGAAGUGGAGGGGCUGUCCUACCUCCAGGAUUAGGACAAGGUGCACGGUCUCACUUGGCCCUCAUGCCGUACGACCACUCUCAGCGCGGUGGGCCACAUUACGGUCGAACAGAUUACCAUCAAAUGACCGCACCAGACCAGUCACCGCUAAGCGAGAGUCCGCACAUAUCGUCAUCCUCGUCAUCGGCGUUUGAUAUUGGGCUCAUGAAUGACAACACCAUGGAUCCCAUGGACUCGAUGAAAAGCUCGUCCAGCAUGGAUACCUAUCAGGACUCUAACUACAGCGUUAUGAACAACCGAAAGCCGGAAAGCCAGUUUCGCCAUCAACCGCCCUCGUUCGAGUACGAUUCCGUAUCCAAAACCAGCGAAGAGACGGGCCAUGGGUUGCCCCAGCCGUAUGAGUCGAUGGUAUCUCUGGUGACGAGUAAUGACCAGCAUGAAUCUCCGCAUUACCUGAAACAUCCCCCUCGGCUGGCUUCUCACCUGUACCAGCACUCUAACAGUAGUGGCUUUGACCCCGUCUAUUCGACUCGCACCGCUGAUGGUAGCUCUUAUGGUCGAUUUUCCAACUCCCAAAGUCUGUGCGCUUAG